UUUUUUUAGGUUACUUCUACUCGAAGAGACACCUGGCGAUUGAACAGGUGGCCCGUACAGGUCAAACCAAUAGAAAAAGAGUGAGACAGUAAGAAAGAGACGGAAAGAAAGAGACUGCUUCAUUCAUGCAUCGAGCGUACGGCCCCGUGGUGUAGUAGUUGAGUUUACGCAACACUCCGCGGUUGUUCAUUCAUAAAAGUUUACUUAAUUUUUUUUAAAUAUGUUUUCGCGAAUCUUGUGCGUCUUGCUAUUUGUAACUUUGGCGACUGCUUCAAGAGUUCCCGUCGAAGUUUAUCAGCGCAAAACCGUUGAGCAUAAACCUCUUCAUCACCACAGAAAGAAAAUUCCUGAUAUAAGGAUUCUUUAUCAAAUCGGGGAUUCUGAAGAAGACUUGCCAACUUGUUCCUCAAGAGCGAUUUGUAGCAAAGUUGAUUUGUACGAUCCCCCUUGGUUGGAACGUCAAUGUAGAUGUCCAAAUGGACGUCAAUGUUCGAAUUCGUUGACUUCCGACGACGGUUACACGCUAACAGAUCGUUUGAGACAAUACAAGAUGUGCGAACCUGUGAGGAAGCUCCCAAAGUGCAGGUACUUCCACGACGUCACGUGGACGCUUAUAUUAACGCCAAAAAACGCCACCGAGCAAAUCGUUUAUUGCCAUUGCCCGAAAAACUCGGUCACCUAUUUAAUUAAAAGACACGCAUUCUAUUCGAUCGAUGGGACAAUUAUUUACGAAUAUUCUUUCGCUUGUUCCCCGCAAAGCAAAAUGAAGUGUCAAAGAAAAGCUCCGUGUCGAUUAUUUACAGUUCGAAAGAAAGAAGAACUUCUUGAUGAGGUGAAUAUAAAUACGUUGUGCCAAUGUCCUCAUGGUCAUCGAUGUCCGCAUCAUCACACCGAUUAUGGGAUAAUACCGGGCAAAUCAUACUCGGAGUCCAUAAGGACGUUUAGCGGUUAUUGCUUACCUCAUUGAGUUUAAAUAAAAAGCCAAAAAUACUUUUCGAAACUUUUACGAAAAGAGAAGCCGCGUACUUUUUAAUGUACAUUUGUUAACAUGUACUUAUUUCGCAAUUUUUAUUACCAUAUAAACCCGUAGGUGUAUUACCCAGGAUUGUAAAUAGUAUUUAUUAGAUUAGCGUUUAAGGAAGAGGACUAUAUUAUUGCCACCGUUUUAUUAUAAAACUCUUUUCGGCUGAAUUUAUGGCUCAAUUAUUUUAUUGUAAUAUAUGUGAU